CGCGAGAAGGAACGGACUAGUUUGUGACGCAUGACAUUUCCAGUUAGAGACUGCCCUUCUUCUCCGAGGAAAUGGACGGUAGCGAUACUUUACAAAUCUCAUAGUUUUAAAACACUUUUCUAUGGUUUUUUUUGCUCAACUAAGGAUAAUAAAAACUUUGGGGAGAAUAAUAAAGGAGAACGUUUGAUCGCCAUGAGCAGAGUGUGUUAAGUAAGAAGGAGAGCGCCCUCUGCAGCGGCCAUGAGGAAAUGUCAAAUGCUGUGCACUUGUGCAUUGCUGAUUCUAAUCAGUCAAUCAUAUAUAAUAUCAAUUAGUGGAGCCAGGAAUGAAAGUUGUCCUGAAGAUGAAUACCUGAGUAAGAAUGGAUUCUGCUGUAAUAAAUGUCAUGCAGGGUUUAAGCUGAAAGCGGAAUGCCCUAAACCAGGCAUGAAGUCAGAAUGUGUGAAAUGUGAGGAUGGAACCUACCUAGAUCAACCAAAUUACUCUCCAAACUGCUUCAGAUGCCAGAAGUGCAAACACAAUUCCAAAGAGUCAUCAGAAUGUACGCACAAAACCAAUAGGGGGUGUGAGUGUAUGAAAGGAUAUUACAGAAUGAAAUUAAGCCAUACGGACUGGGAAUGUUAUCGCUGUAAGCCGGUGUGUGGACCUGGACAGGUGAAAACUGGAGAUUGUGGGGGAGAACAGAAUACACAGUGUGAGUGCGAAAAAAAUCAUUACCCUACCAAGAAUAAUAAAUCCUGUGAACUAUGCAUCAAAUGUCAGACGGGCUGUGAACACUUGUGCAUAUCCAGCACUCCAAUAAUCCCCAUUAAAUCCGCCAAACCAACAACUCCAUCAGACACAUUACCUCAAAUACUGGUUCCCGUUUGUGCAUGUAUCACGGUAGUAGCUUUGGGAGUGUUUAUGUUGUAUGAAGGCCUCAGACUUUGGAGGAAGAGGAAUCAUGCUUUGUCAUCGCAGAAAUCAUCACCUGCUCCCGAAGGACAGACAUUGAUUAUCAUACCACCAGACAAAAUAAAUGAGAGUGUUCCUUCUACAAAUCAGCCGUGCGAACCCGAACAGAACAGAAAACUCCCAGACUGCGUCCCAAGAGAGAUCAAAAUUCACGAGUUCUUCUAUUUUGUGCUGGAUGAGGUCCCUGUCGGACGAUUUAAAGAAUUUGUACGUCGGCUUGGCGUUUCUGAGCAGAACAUUGAAAGGGCAGAACAGGACCACAGGAAGUACAAGGAUGCCCAAUACCAGAUGCUGAAGGUUUGGAGUGACAGUGGCAGUGGAGGAGGGAGCAAUGUUUUGCCAUAUCACCGCAUCCAGAUGUUCAUCGAAACACUGAGGGACAUGUAUUUGGUUAACUGUGCAGACAACAUUGAGAACAGGUUCCUUUCGCAGGACACAAGCGCUUCAUAAUGAGGAGAUUCAUAAUGAGCGCUUCAAUGAGCCAUUGGAGGAGAAUGAGGCAUUAACAGAGAUCUUAUCCUUCCACUGAAUUCCAUUGGAUUCAUUUGAAGGAAGUGCGUCUACAGCUGUAUUACUGGAUAACACCAUGUCAUAUGUCCAGUUGUCUGAAGAUUUCACACUAAAAUGUUUUUAUGAACAUGCAUAUAUUCUUGUAGUAUGUAUGUAUGUAGUGUUGUGUGAAAAUAUUUCAUUAAGGCUUUUUCUAGUGCAGUUAAAGUUUAUAUGAUCAAGGGUGGUGGGGUGGUUGGGGUUUGGGUUGUCAUUUUUUUUACAAAUUUAAUGGAGUUGAUAUAAUCAUGGAUAUUCUCUGCCAGUUCUCCUUAUAAUAGCACAAAACGUACAAAAACAUCCAGUUCACAUUUCACCAUAAUAUAUAUAUAUAUAUAUAUAUAUACACUACUGUUCAAAAGCUGGAGAUCAAUAAGGUUUUUUAUGAAAAGACAAUCUUUUUUGAAAGAAGAUUAUGUUCACUAAGGCUGCAUUCAUUUGAUCAAAUUAUUGUGAAAACAAUAUUGUGAAGUAUUAUUUCAGUUGAACUUAACCAUUUUCAUUUUUAAUAUAGUUUAACAUUUUAUUCAUUCUUAUGAUUUUUAGCAGCCAUUACUCCAGUCUUCAGUAUUACUUUAAGAAAUGAGGAAGUUUCUUUUUUGGGGGUGAAAUGUGACCUGAUCAUGUUCUUGAUAUGUUUUGUGAGAUAUGUAACCCUGGACAACAAAACCAGUCAAGCAUAUGGCCAAUAGCCAACAAUACAUUGUAUGGGUCAAAAUGAUUGAUUUUUCUUUUAUGCCAAAAAUCAUUAGGAUAUUAAGUAAAGAUCAUGUUCCAUGAAAA